AUGAAUCACAUUUAAAAACAGUAUAUUUAUUUAUUUGCUAUUGGAUUCCUAAUAGUAAUAGUGGAAAGCUAAAUCAUAUAAGAAAUAGGAGAAUUUGUUAUUAUUGAAGAAUUGAAUUGUGUAUUUUACAGACUCAGACAACAAUAGAAUUAAUUUGUUUUUAAAUUUUUUGUUACAAAUGAUAAUUAUGAUGGAAAUGAUGGAUAAAAGUGGAUAGACUAGAAUUAAGAUUUACCAGUAGAAGAACCAAAAUAUUAUAUAGAUAAUAACUAGGUUUAUAUCAGUUUUUACAGAUAUAAUGGAUCAUAAUAAAUUUCUUUUGACUUAAGAGUUGAUUUUAAUCAAAUUAGAGAUGAUUUUGUAGGUGCAAAUUGCCCAGAUAUUGGUUGUAUGAAAAAAUUUGGCUAAUAUUGUUAUUACUUUUGUGGUAAUAGUUACAUGAUAUAAGAUACGGAUUGUUCAAAUCUUAAAUACUAAACUAAGACUGAAUAAAUGAAUUGUUUUAUGGGGAAUUAAGAUUAUAUCAACAUUUAAAAUCAUUUGGCAUAUAAAUCUUAUUUUAUUAAUCUCACUUCUGAAAGCAAUCGUUGUUUAUUUUAUUUAAUUGAUAAAUAGUUUGAUCUCUUUGCUUACCUUGAUAAUAGCAAUACAUAUAUAAUUUGCUAAUUAGAUGUUAACUCAAGUAAUUUUUAAUGUUUAAAAUAAAUAAGAACAAACGUAAAUAGUUCUGAUGGAAUAUUUGUUUCAAAAGUAGUAUAAUCUAACGGAGCUAAUAUAUUUGUAUACGCUAAAUUUGAUGACAAAACUUACACCUUCUACGACUUCAGCACUUUUACUGUUUUUAAUGAUUUUAAUUUUAUUUGA